CCAGCUGUCUCCAUGUUGUCGGAAAUAGUCAGGAGGAAAGCUGGACAGGAGGGACAGAGGCCAGAGACCUAUGGGUGCAAAUCCCUUUACAAACUUCAGUGAAGGCACUUGGCUGACCCGCCCUUGCUGUGGGUGGGGCUGGGCCUGCUCCUCCUCCUCCUGUCGCCAGGCUGGGGAGUGGCUGUGCCCUGUUUGGACUCUGAGCAUUGGGUUGCCUUGGGGGACAUGCUGGAGCCUACCCGUGGAGGGGGCGGGGCAGGCAGUUAUUCUUGGGUGCCCGGGAGGGUAGAGUUUCAGGUUUGUUUAUACUUCUAGGAGGCACCUUGGGGCCAAGAGUGGGACACGCAUCUCAGCACUGACAUUCAGCAGGCCGAGAGACACCUCCCAGGGCCCUGUCCUGCUGGGGGUUAGGGGUUGCUCUGUAGUCCCAGGCAGACCGGGCAUCGAGCCUUUUCCAGGGUGCUGAGUGGUACUCAGGUUCCAGUGGUACUCAGCAAGCCUGGGGCCUGCAACAUGCCAGCUGAGCACAGGACAGGCAGCUCGCGCUGUGGGCCAGCCUGAGGUCUGCCCAGGUCACAGGCUGUUCUUUUCAUCAGGGUCACCGCUAUUAAUAUCAGGCCAGGGCUCACGCCUGCCGGGUGAUCCUCUUACACCCGCACCCUCAGCCUCAGCCUCUGAGGCUAGUGGAGAGUGCUGUUCCCUCGGCACAGGGGUCCCUGGGGCCCCCAGCAGGUGGCCUCUGCCAGCUAGGGGUUGGACCCCACUCCAGCUCCUUAGGUGCUGUUGCACCCAGCCAUGGAGGGGCAAUUCAGGUGCCUCUGAACUGUCCUGGGGGGCCACUGUGGGUCUUGAGUGUAGUGUGGUGAUGCCCUAGACACACCUGGGAUCACCCCACUGUCCUGGUGCCCUCCGUGUCCCAGCCAUGAGCAGGAGCGGUCCCCCAGCUUACCCUGACAUCAGGAUCUCGGGGUGCUGGGCCCUUGGAGCAGAAGGCAGCAGCAACGCAGAGUCCCUGGACAGGCUCCUGCCCUCUGUGGGCGCCAGGCGCUCACCCCGAAAGCGCAGCACUAGCCAGUGCAAGUCUGAACCGCCCCUGCUGCGCACCAGCAAGCGCACCAUCUACACGGCGGGGCGGCCGCCCUGGUACAACGAGCAUGGCACACAGUCCAAGGAGGCCUUCGCCAUCGGUGAGCACGGCCUGGGAGGUGGCAGUGCCUCCGGGAAGACCACCGUGGCCAGAAUGAUCAUUGAGGCCCUGGAUGUGCCCUGGGUGGUCUUGUUGUCCAUGGACUCCUUCUACAAGCAGGUGCUGACUGCGCAGCAGCAGGAGCAGGCUGCCCACAACAACUUCAACUUCGACCACCCAGACGCCUUCGACUUUGAUCUCAUUGUGUCUACCCUCAAGAAGCUGAAGCAGGGCAAAAGCGUCAAGGUGCCCAUUUAUGACUUCACCACCCACAGCCGCAAGAAGGACUGGAAGACGCUGUAUGGAGCAAAUGUCAUCAUCUUCGAGGGCAUCAUGGCCUUUGCUGACCAGACACUGCUGGAGCUCCUGGACAUGAAGAUCUUUGUUGACACAGACUCUGACAUCCGCCUGGUACGGAGGCUGCGCCGCGACAUCAGUGAGCGGGGCCGCGACAUUGAGGGUGUCAUCAAACAGUAUAACAAGUUUGUCAAGCCCGCCUUCGACCAGUAUAUCCAGCCCACGAUGCGUGUGGCGGACAUCGUGGUGCCCUGGGGGAGUGGGAACACUGUGGCCAUCGAUCUGAUAGUGCAGCACAUGCACAGCCAGCUGGAGGAGAGGAAGCUGCGCUGGGAUAUGGCUGCACUGGCCUCGGCGCACCAGUGCCACCCCCUGCCCCGGACGCUGAGUGUCCUCAAGAGCACGCCGCAGGUACGCGGCAUGCACACCAUCAUCAGGGACAAGGAGACGAGCCGCGAUGAAUUCAUCUUCUACUCCAAGAGGCUGAUGCGGCUGCUCAUAGAACAUGCGCUCUCCUUCCUGCCCUUCCAGGACUGCGUGGUGCAGACCCCGCAGGGGCAGGACUACGCGGGCAAGUGCUACGCGGGGAAGCAGAUCACGGGCGUGUCCAUUCUGCGGGCGGGGGAGACCAUGGAGCCGGCGCUGCGGGCCGUGUGCAAAGAUGUGCGCAUUGGCACCAUCCUCAUCCAGACCAACCAGCUCACCGGGGAGCCCGAGCUCCACUACCUGCGGCUGCCCAAGGACAUCAGCGACGACCACGUGAUCUUAAUGGACUGCACUGUGUCCACAGGCGCUGCGGCCAUGAUGGCCGUGCGUGUGCUCCUGGACCACGACGUGCCUGAGGACAAGAUCUUUCUGCUCUCACUGCUCAUGGCGGAGAUGGGUGUUCACUCGGUGGCCUACGCAUUCCCACGAGUGAGAAUCAUCACCACAGCCGUGGACAAGCAAGUCAACGACCUGUUCCGCAUCAUUCCCGGCAUUGGUAAUUUCGGCGACCGCUACUUUGGGACAGACGCUGUCCCUGAAGGCAGCGAUGAGGAGGAAGUGGCCUCCACGAGUUAGCUGGCCUGCCUGAACCUCCCACCUGGUAUCCACCAGCCUCCUCCUGCUUCCUGGCCUGUGCUUACUAAAUACAGAGAUGUUAACUUAUUUUAAUUAAAAAAGAUGUUACCAACACAA